AGGACUGGGUCUGAACUUCCAAAGUAUUACACAAAAUGGCGAUCUCUCACCUUGCUAGCACAACUUCCGUCAAGUAAUAACUUCCUACACAAGCUUGCUCCAAAGCAACGUCAUCUAAGCAAUCAUGGGGAAGGAAAACGAGCUCAUCAACGCCGCUAAAAAUGGCAACGUCGCCCAGAUUGAGAAAUUGCUGGGCCAAAGAAACAAGAAGUCAAGCCUGCACAACAUUAUGGGCAGGAGUGUGAACCCUAAUUACCAAGAUGAGAUGGGCUAUUCACCUUUGCAUUACGCGGCCAUGAAUGGACAUAGGAGUGCAGUUGAGCUGCUAUUGAAAUAUGAUGCAUCAACCAAUAUUCCAGAUCAUUCAGGCAACUACCCUCUGCACUUGGCAGCCUUCAAUGGACAUGCUGAAGUGUCACGAGUGCUCAUCAAUACUGGCCCUUCACAAGCAAAUGUCAAUGAACAGAAUGGAACUCUGGACACCGCUCUGCACUCAGCCUCCCAGUAUGGCUACAACCAAGUGGUCGCCGUCCUGCUAGAGAACCAUGCUGACCCCUACAUAAGAAACUGUCGGAAGGAGUCAGCCCUGGACCUUGCUGCACAGUAUGGGAGGAUAGAGACUGUUAAACUGCUGCUAAAUUAUCACCCAAAUCUUCUACAAAAUCUCGUUAAAACUCACACUCCAUUACAUCUGGCAGCAAGAAAUGGCCAUAUCAGCAUUGUUUCUAAUCUAUUGGGUUGUGGGAUGGCUGUUAAUACUCAGUGUGACUCUGGAACCGCUCUGCAUGAGGCUGCCUUAUUUGGCAAGCUUGAUGUCUGCAACCUAUUGUUACAGUGUGAUGUGGACAUUUCUGUGAAAGACAAAAAUCAGCAAACAGUGAUGGAUCUCUUGAUGAGUCAUCCUUCAGCAAAAGCCAAAGAGAUCAGCGUCCUCAUCUAUGAGCACUCCCAGAGGAAAACCAGAUCUUUGUCUUCUGCAUCAUCAAUGUCUUCAAUUGAAACUAGCGAAAAGGGCAACUCCCUUCCACAACGCGCUUGCACUAUGCAGAGCCGAAAGUCCCAAUCCUAUUAUGAUGACAUUCCAAGCAGUCAAAGGCCUAUCUCUGGUUUCAGGCGGUGUGAUACCUAUGACUCUGUCCCCGGGAAUAGGGCGGCUUCUUUGCCUCAUCAGCAGUCCACGUACGACUACGUGCCGGCACAUAGUCCACCGGGAUUUCGGUCCGGCUCGCAAGGCUCUCAGGCAAACACGUCUCAAGCUGUCACGCCACAGGCUAUCACAAGACCUGACCAGUCACCUGCUUAUGCUGCCGUGACGGAAAUGACAACAGUUAUACCACACGAUGGAGCUGACUACCUAAAAACGACCCAGACAAGUUAUGACGUUGUCCCAGGUACGCCACAACCUCCAGGUGACAGUAAACCUGUUCUCAAGCCAUCCACGGUGGAAGGAUACGCACUGGUGAUGGCCGCUGACCCGAAUGCCGCAGACUCGGACGCAUUCCUGAGUGCGCAGAAUGUCAAAGAUGGCUAUACGAUGCUUGGUAUACCCUGUGUGUCAAAGCCUCCCCCAAAACCACAGGCAUACCAACCAAAGAAGCCCCCACAAUCGGCGAUCCCCGAGGAGUACUCUACUGUUCGGCACGAGGCUGAAGAGGCGUCACGUGAUCAAUCACGACACGGGCCAAGAGACGUAGAAAAUAGCGCCUACUUUCAAGUGGAAACUUCACAAGCUAAACCUAACCCAAGGACGGUCUCGCACCCUCCUGUGUAUGAGGUCCCUCCGCUCCCCUCGUCCACUGCAGACGGGGAUUAUGGCCUUGUGGGCGCAGCAGCAUUUCCUGGCGCUUCAACAGCACACGCUACUUCUACUACGUCAUAUCUGGGUGCUUCGUCGUCACCUCCUGUUUACCAAAGUGGUACAACGUCGCCACACAUCACCUCAGCGGAUGUGGGUGGUGGGACGUAUGACUACGUACCCCCUCCCCGCCCAACACCACCCAUGAAUACACCUACCUAUGAGAUUCCGCCUCCGUUCAAGUCGCGACCAGAGGAGGCUUCUACCGGAACGUACGGUUUCGUGGAGCGGUCGAAGGAACCCACGCCCAACAAGCCAUGCCCUCUAGACAUCCCCCAGUAUGAGGUGGUUAGUCUACGGGGCGCGGGGCAGAUGACACCGGAUAUGGAACCCACCGCGUCACUUCCGGGAUACGAGCUGAUGGGACCAGGGAGCGCCUCUUCUACCACGAAGCAGUUCGGCGAUUACGAAGUGUUGGCCUUUCCCAAGGAUCUUGACUAUAUGAACGUGAAACCUGAGAAUAUGCCUGUUGCAGAGCAAGCUCACCCGAUUCCUACCCCUCCGAAGACUAGACCUUCUGUGUAUGAGAUAGCACCUCGGCCAGUUCCUUUUGAGCCAUCUGCGUUUUCAGACGUCCAAAGACCUUCUGUGUAUGAGAUAGCUCCACCCCCUAGACCACGCCUACCUGCCAGAGAACCUGUGGCAGAAGGAGGUCAAGAGGGUAGACCCAUAUCUGGGGAAGGUCCUCGACACGGUUCCCUUAUCAAGGAGGAGCCUCCGAGACCGCCGAAAAAAACACGCCCUAUGAAUGAGUACCAAGAGAGCCCCUUAAAACCACAAGGUUCUGGUAAACAGGGUCUUCCAGCUCCGUACGAACAAGUCAGAGUGGAAGCCCCACUAGGGAAAAUGAACCUUGAUCAGUUACAUCAGGUGUCAGUUGAGACGCGUGGCGGCGAGUAUUGCACGUUAGACCCGAGUGCGAUCGGGAUGAGCCACCCACCACCUAUCCCCGCACGGGAUGAUAUCAAAAAAGGGCCUGUCACUCGUGGGGAUAGUGUCGGUCAAGUUCCUGACACUCCAGGCAUUCCUCCACCCUCCCCUACCACGGCAGAGGAAGCUGUAUUCGAGGCGUUCACCUCAAAUGGUUCAGAGUCGUCUGCGGUCAAGGCGUCAAGUCAAAUUGAGGGCGUGUCCCACAGAGCUCCACCUGUCAAUCACCCAACCCCUGCCCCCCGGCGGGAGAGUCUGAACACCCGACGGGACGAGAUGUCGGAUCAAGAAUUAAGAGUGAUGGCACAAAGGACAAGUCCUGUUGAGGGGGUCCAAGAUCCUUUCGAAGUUCCACCCAAGCAAAUUGUUGAUUCAGAAGGCAAAAGCGAAAAAAGAUCAGACAAGAAUGCGUUCUCUUCGCUUCACAAGCAGUGGUCACCGUUCGGCUCCAGAGAGUCGCUAAAUCGUGGAGGGGGCGAGGAGUCUUCAGGCGGUGGUGGUCCGUCUGCGCUGAUUUACGAGAAUGUGCUUUUCAAAAGGGCGGACUCUAUGUCACGUGCCGGUAAGCCGCCCCGACAAGAGCCGACACCAAGCAAACCACGGGAAGAGAAAGCCGAAAAGUCGCCGGGCGAGUAUCGGUUAAGUGCACUGGAUGCAAGUAGCCCUCUGGACGAGUCUGCCGAAUGGGAGAAGAUCGAGGCGUUUUUGUCAUCUAUCGGAGACAUUGAGAUUCCAACCACGCUCGACGACCAAAUCGCAAGCGCAGGUAAAGCGAAGACUGUUGCUGGGUGGCUUGAUGCGCUUGGUCUACCCCAAUACGAGUCUGAUUUGGUUUCCAACGGAUUUGACGAUCUCAACUUCUUUAACGGAGGUAUUUUAGAAGACCAGGACUUGCUAGAAAUUGGAGUGUUGGACAUGUCAAACCGAAAAAUUCUUCUCGAAGCUGUCAAGUCUUUACCAGUUCACCCUCAGUUGGUGGACUCUAGCGCCCAGUCCUUUUCAUCGGCGAGUGAAUGGUUGGGCUCCCUGUGCCUCGAUGAGUACGUACCUCGGUUCGAGCACCAGGGCUACGCGUCCAUGGAGAGAGUGAUGUUGAUAUGGGAAGUGGAACUGACCUCGGUACUGGACAUCAGUGCUUUGGGGCACAGGAAGAGAAUGUUGGUCUCGUUAGCCGAUCUAAAAAAGCAGACACAAAAUGCCAAUGACAAUAAGCAGGACGGCGUUAAAACAUGGGACCUCGACCUAGAGGCGAAGCUUAAUGAGCUGACAGCAGAACUAAGUUUGUACUGCCCUGAAGAGAAACCCGCUGAGUCUAAACCGAAGAUGCCAACAGAUUCCGACGUAAUGUCUGCGAUGGACUCGGGCGAGCUUGCUCUAGCAAUGGCCGAGCAGCUGCUUAAUAGUGAGGUGCUGAAAAAGAAGACUGAAGAGAGAAAAAAAGAAAACCGCUGGCACCAUGAGCCAGAAGUUCUCCUCAAAGGCUCCGUAAACUACACAACACAGUACCUGGGCUCUCAUAUGGUAAAAGAGAUCUCUGGAGUAACUUCCACGAUUGACGCGUGUCGCAAAAUGAGGCUCUCGACAGCCAAGCUUCAAAAAGUACCUUCAGUAAUACUUUCCAUCUCCGUCAACGGGAUCAAGUUCAUCGACGCUCGGUCCAGGCUACUAGUGAGUCACCACGACAUGAAGAACGUGUCGUACAUCACGCAAGACCCGGAGGAUAAAUGUGUGUUCGCGUACAUCGCCAAGGACGCCAAGAUUGACAAGCAUUACUGCCACGUGUUCAGGGUCGAGAAAAAGGAAUUAUCUGAUGAGGUCACCAUGUCCAUAGGUCAAGCAUUUGAGCUGGCAUACGAGCAGUUUAUGCACUUACAAAGGCAUCUCAACACGCAUGCGCAGCAGAAGGCCAGCUGAGAACACAAGUUGCUGAAUAUGGUAACACAGGUAGCCCAACAUUGAUGGUCUUGUCAGGCUGGAUGGUAGUUUAGAUUCUAUUGGUCAUCAUUUCCCUUUCAAAUAUUGUUUAUUUUUGUCAGUUAUACAAUACAAAUAGAGAAAGACUG